GCUCGUGGUGGGGGCGCCCACUGCCACCUGGCUCGCCAACGCGUCGGUGGUCCAUCCCGGGGCGAUUUACAGAUGCAGGAUCGGAAAGAAUCCCAGCCGGACGUGCGAACAGCUCCAGCUGGGUAGCCCUGGUGGAGAACCCUGUGGAAAGACAUGUUUGGAAGAAAGAGACAAUCAAUGGUUGGGGGUCACACUUUCCAGACAGCCAGGAGAAAAUGGAUCCAUCGUGACUUGUGGGCACAGAUGGAAAAAUAUAUUUUACAUAAAGAACGAAAAUAAGCUCCCUGCUGGUGUUUGCUAUGGGAUACCUUCUGACUUACGGACGGAACUCAGUAAAAGAAUGGCUCCCUGUUACCAAGAUUAUGUGAAAAAAUUUGGAGAAAACUUUGCAUCAUGUCAAGCUGGAAUAUCUAGUUUCUUCACAGAGGAUUUAAUUGUGAUGGGAGCUCCAGGAUCAUCUUAUUGGACCGGCUCUCUUUUUGUCUACAAUAUAACUGCAAAUAAAUACAAAGCCUUUUUAGACAAACACAAUCAAGUCAAAUUUGGAAGUUAUUUAGGGUACUCAGUAGGAGCAGGGCAUUUUCGAAGUCAGCACAGUACGGAAGUAGUUGGAGGAGCCCCUCAGCACGAACAGAUUGGUAAAGCCUAUAUAUUCAGCAUUGAUGCAAAAGAACUAAAUAUCUUACAUGAAAUGAAAGGUAAAAAGCUGGGCUCCUAUUUUGGAGCUUCUGUCUGUGCUGUGGACCUCAACGCAGAUGGCUUCUCAGACCUGCUGGUGGGAGCACCCAUGCACAGCACCAUCAGGGAGGAGGGCCGAGUGUUCGUGUUCAUCAACUCUGGCUCGGGAGCAGUAAUGAAUGAAAUGGAAGCAGCGCUCAUUGGAAGUGACAAAUACGCUGCAAGAUUUGGGGAAUCUAUAGUUAAUCUUGGUGACAUUGACAAUGAUGGCUUUGAAGAUGUUGCUAUUGGAGCUCCACAAGAAGACGACCUGCGAGGUGCCAUUUACAUUUAUAAUGGUCGAGUAGAUGGCAUCUCAUCAACUUUCUCCCAGAGAAUUAGAGGACUUCAAAUUAGUGAAUCAUUAAGUAUGUUCGGACAGUCUAUCUCAGGACAAAUUGAUGCAGAUAAUAAUGGCUAUAUAGAUGUAGCAGUCGGCGCUUUUCGGUCUGAUUCUGCUGUGUUGCUAAGGACAAGACCAGUAGUAAUUGUUGAGGCAUCAUUAAGCAACCCUGAGUCAGUAAAUAGAACGAAAUUUGACUGCGUGGAGAAUGGAUUGCCCUCUGUGUGCAUGGAUCUAACACUUUGUUUCUCAUAUAAAGGCAAAGAGGUCCCUGGUUAUAUUGUUUUGCUUUAUAACAUGAGUUUGGAUGUGAACAGGAAGACAGAGUCUCCAUCAAGGUUUUACUUUUCCUCAAAUGGGACUUCUGAUGUAACCACAGGAAGUAUAGAAGUGUGGAGUGGAAGAGUCAACUGUAGGACACAUCGAGCAUUUAUGAGGAAAGAUGUGCGGGACAUCCUCACCCCAAUCCAGAUUGAGGCUGCUUACCACCUUGGGCACCAUGUUAUCAGGAAGAGAAGCACAGAGGAAUUCCCGCCCCUGCAGCCAAUCCUUCAGCAGAAGAAAGAAAAAAACAUGAUUAAAAAAAUGAUAAAUUUUGCAAGGUUUUGUGCCCAUGAAAAUUGUUCUGCUGAUUUACAGGUUUCUGCAAAAAUUGGAUUUUUCAAGCCAUAUGAAAAUAAAACCUAUCUUGCGGUGGGGAGCAUGAAGACACUGAUGUUGAAUGUGUCCUUGUUUAAUGCUGGGGAUGAUGCCUAUGAGACAGCUCUGCACGUCAGACUCCCCGCGGGUCUUUACUUCAUUAAGAUUUUAGACCUGGAAGAGAAACAAAUAAACUGUGAAGUAACAGACAACGCUGGCACAGUCAAACUCGACUGCAUCCUUGGUUAUAUUUAUGUAGAUCAUCUCUCCAGGGUAGAUGUCAGCUUUCUCUUGGAUGUGAGCUCAUUCCGCAGAGCAGAAGAGGACCUCAACAUCACAGUUUUUGCCUCCUGUGAAAAUGAAGGAGAAAUGGACAAGCUAACAGACAACAAAGUGACCUUAGCAGUACCUCUAAGAUAUGAGGUUAUGCUAGCUGUUCAUGGGUUUGUGAAUCCAACUUCAUUCAUGUAUGGAUCCAGCGAGGACAGUGAACCCGAAACAUGCAUGACCGAGAAAAUGAACUUCACUUUUCAUGUUAUGAACACGGGCAUUAGCAUGGCUCCAAAUGUUAGCGUGGAAAUCAUGAUACCAAAUUCUUUUGUUCCCCAAACUGAUAAACUGUUCAACAUUUUGGAUGUCCAGACCACUAAUGGACAAUGCCAGUUUGAAAAUUAUCAAAGGGAAUGUGCAUCAGGGCAGCAAAGGGACGCCACGGAGACCUUAUGGGGCAUCCUCAGAUUCUUGUCAAAGACCGAUAAGAGGGUAUUGUACUGCAUGAAAGCUGACCCGUACUGUUUACGUUUCCUAUGCAAUUUUGGGAAAAUGGAAAGUGGAAAAGAAGCCAAUGUUUACAUUCAGUUAGAGGGCCGGCCCUCCAUUUUGGAAAUGGAUGACACCUCGGCACUCAAGUUUGAAAUAAAAGCCACAGCUUUUCCAGAGCCACAUCCCAAAGUUAUCGAACUGAACAAGGAUGAGAACGUAGCACAUGUCCUACUGGAAGGUUUACACCAUCAAAAACCCAAGCGCCAUUUUACCAUAGUGAUUAUUUCAAGUAGCUUGCUUCUUGGACUUGCUGUACUAUUUUUGAUUUCAUGUGUUAUGUGGAAGGCUGGCUUCUUCAAAAGACAGUACAAAUCUAUCAUACAAGAAGAAAACAGAGAUAGUUGGAGUUAUGUCAACAGCAAAAGCAACGAGGAUGAGUAAAGACUUCUUCCAAAGUCAGAGAGCUGAGAAGACUCAGGUUAGACUAAAAGCAUUGUUUACAGGAAAACCAACUUUUCUCCGACUUUUUUGUGUGGAUUUCUUUAACUUACAACAUGUUAUGUGUUCCUGAGGUAAAAGUUCAAGCCAUCACUGUUCUUCCAAAGAAAAUAACUGCAAAGCUGUACUACUUACCAUAGCCAAAGAUGAACUUGCAAGUAUUAAAUGGGUAAAAGAACACUACAGCCUUCGACUUCUUCAAGAAAAAUAAACCCUGAAAACUAUUUUAAAGUAUAUUGGAAUUAAAGCAUACUGGACCAGGACAAAUAAGCACUGAUUCAUUUCACAUAUGUCUUUGAGCUUGUUUGUAAAAUGUUCUUUAAAAUCAUUUCGUGGAAUUUUCUUGAAAGACUUUUAUUUGUAAUGCAUUUUCUUUAUUCCAGCAACUGUUUUAUUCAAUAGACUAUGAAUAAUAUAGGCCUGAUGUACAAGUUUCAUGCUGAAUACACUGGUUUGAAUUUAACAGGAAGACUUCUGGAUAACUACAGAGCUACGUACUUUUUUCUAUAUAUCCAUACAUUUUUUAAAAAGAAUAUAUACGUCUAUAUACAUAUAUAGGUAUAAAUCCAAUAGUCUCCUACAAUACACAUAUAUCAAGAGUACCUAGGAGUGAAUUAAAAGAAAAACACCCUGAAUUUUUUUGUUUAUAAAAAAUUCUUAAGUGUUCUAAUUUCUAUUCUACAGCAACAGAUUAUAAAUGUUGCCACUUCAACUAAUAUACAUUGAUAUAUUUAAGAAAUAUGAAAACUAGGCCUCACUAGUGAUUUUAAAAAGCUAUGCAGAGAAUGACUCAGAGGCCAGUAUUUCAGACUUACUGGGUACUGUAGAGUAAAAUAACAUCCUAAAUUAAGCAAAUAAGUGUUUUAAUCAGGCCUACAAAUGCAUUCUCCAUAGAAAUGGAGAGACACAUUUCACAGACAACUGAAAAAUAUACAUUUGAACUAUUAACAUAAAAGUGACAUCAAAAUUUCUAAAAGAUGUUUGGAUGGGUAGAUAAACUUUUUAAGUUAAUAUUACAGAAGGUUAUAUUUUAGAUAAAACAGCUUCUUGCUGAAUUUUAAAUAAUUUAUCUUUAAAGGCAUUUUCAAAUGCAGUCAUUUUGUAGUAUUUAUUUCAUGUAGAUCUCUUUGUAUGGGUAAGAAAACUGUGGCCAAAUUUUUGAACAUCUGUUAGAGGAAGUGAUCAAAUAAGAGAAAAGUCUCUACUGUUACAGAAAAUAUUGCUUUACGUGAAGUCUCUGCUGCCAGCUGUCUCCUUCCUCGGGUUUCCUGACUUGUGAAAGUUAGCCAUUCCUAAGUCUCUGCUCUGUGACCGGUGGCUGGAGAAUGACGAAUGUACAGAGAUUUUGUGAAGGCAUCUGAGCAAUAAAACUUAAGCACAAAGCCUCUUAACUCAAGAGUAUACAUGGUAAACUUAGUUUUGCUUGUACAUAUUUUAAAUAAUGCAUUUGUGCAAAAGAUAUAUUUUUAUGCUUUUAUUAUUAAAUAUUAGUUCUUUUAGAAUAUCUAGGCUCAUGUGUCAAAAUGAAGCACAGAUUUAGAAAAGUAUUCUUUCAAAGGAAACUAAAAUUUAGUACAUGCUGAAAGCCAAGUGCCAGACCCGUACCUUUCUAGUACAAGGAGGGCAGAGUUACCCAGUGGGCUAGCUUUCAUGCAGUUAGGUACCUGACAUGGUUCUAAAGAAAACCUGUUAUACACUUUGUGAUGAGUUUUAAACCCUAUUUUACAUCCUUUUUUUAGAAGGUUGUCUAUGUAUUACAAAGACUUUUGUAAAAAAAGAGUUCUGUUUUUGGUUAUAUCACUGACUACUUGUAUGAUUUUGAAAUUUAACUCCUUUGGAUUAGUUUCCGUUCAGUGUGGUCCUAAGAGAGCUGCUUAUACCAGGCUAUAGGAAAUGUGAUAUCAGACUGGAUGGGCUUAAAUCCUGGAAAAUAAAAACUCAAAUGAUUUUGCUUUA